UUGCUAUAAAAAAUUUUUCACAUUGACUACAUAACCUCAAAUGCAAAAAGGAUCUUGUCCGUGCAGCAGUUUCAUCAGGACGACGAAGAUUUUUUCGCCAAGAACUUAAUAAUUAACACACAAAAAGACAUUUUUCACUUCAAAGGCGACAAAAGCCUCGAAAGGCAAAAUGGCUUCAGCAGAGUGGCGUCAGUGUUUCAAAUCCGAGACAAGCGAGGGCAUUUAUGCUAAUCUUAUUCGUAGUGUGGGUGACGAUUUUCAUUCAAUGUUCGCUUUUCAUUUCAAUUUGUUCGUUCUCCGUGAAUGUGGCGACCCAAUUGUUGAUACAGUUGACAUGGCCUUGGAAAUGUUGAGUGAUAAUGAUCUAUUUCCGGACGUCCAGAAAUUGGCGGAGGAGAAGAGUGACGCCAAGGCGGAGGAGUUUCGUCUGAAGGGAAAUGCCUUCUUCAAGUAUAAGAAGAACGUGAAGGCUAUUGAGGAGUACAACAAGAGCGCCUGCUAUGCUGUGUCCAAGGAGAAGAUCAGUCUUGCCAUUGCUAAUCGAUCUGCGGUCUUCUUUGAGAUGAGAAUGUUCCGGGAGUGCCUCGAGAGUAUCCGAAUGGCACGGGAGUUCGGCUAUCCUGAGCGCUUGAAGGAGAAGCUGGAUCGAAGGGAGGCAAAUUGUAAGGAAAGUUUGGAGGAGAGAGAGCCACCAAGGGUGGGAAAAUUUAAGCCAAAGAUCGACUUGCCGGUAAAUGAGAAGAUUCCCUUUGUGGCCAAAUGUCUUGCAUUGCGACAUGAUAGGAAGUAUGGGAGGAAGAUUGUUACAACUAAGGAGAUCCAUGCUGGGACGAUUAUUGCCAUUGAUGAACCCUUCUCGAAGGUACUUUUGGGAUCAACUCAAUACAUGAGAUGCGCCACAUGCUUGGUUGAGGUUCCUCAUCUCUUGUUUGCCUGCAACCAAUGUACUCAGACCAUGUUCUGCUCCCAGGCGUGCCAGGAGGAAGCUAUGAAGGAUUUCCACGUCAUCGAAUGCCCAAUUAAUGGAGCUUUGUUUAAAAUCUUCGACAUGGGCCUUCGAAUUGUCUUCCGGACGGUUAUUAGUGCCUUCUUGCUGUUCGCAGACCCGAACACAAUGGCUGGGGCUGUUAUGAAGAUUGAACGGGAGAGGAAGAAUGUCUUCAACUUCGAUUGGAGUGGGGCAGUCUCAGCGGAACAGCGCUACGCACCAAUUCACAAUAUGCUCACGAAAGAAAAGAAGCUCAAGGAGAAUUCGGACUUUAAGAAUCACGUCAAUACAGCUCUGAUUUUCAAUCUCCUCAAGAAUAACUCUUCACAGUUCAGCCAGCGUUUCCUGACAAGUGACAAAGCAGAGAAGUUCCUCAAGAAGAUUAUUUUUCGCUACGUUGUGCUCUGUCCUAUGAAUGCCUACAGCUUUGAUACAAUCAUGGAAAAUGAGCAUUUGGAUGAUUUUUACUAUGGCGGUGGCAUGCAUGGCUUUCGCACUCUCAUCAAUCAUUCGUGUAACCCCAAUAUUUGCAUCAACACAAUGGGAACGCGAUCUGUGGUGAUGACUGUGAAGAAGAUCGUAGCAGGGGAGCAACUCUUUGCCAACUACAGCUGCAACUUCAAGUACAUGGAGAAAUCAAUGCGUCAACUUGUGCUGCACAAGCAACAUGAUUUCCACUGUGAAUGUGUGGCGUGUACGAAGAAUUUCCCAAUGUUGCCAUUCCUGCGGGAGCCAAAGACCAUCCCCAAGGUGCCGCUGCACGCAACACGGGCACACUGCUGUUCCUGCCGCUUCGACGUUAAGAAUGCCACGGAGGGUUUCUACGCAGUCCGGAAGUACCUUCGUAAGUACGGUCAUCGCUAUCCAACCUCUCAAAUCUGUAUUGCCGAAGAAGAGCUCAAAUACUGCCUUGACAUCAUGUCCGGGAACGUUCCACUCGUGCUCCGAGAGAAGGCUCGUCUUAUUGAACUUUAAUUUUUCUCUUUGAUUCAAUUCAUUUUCAUUUUCCUUUGAAAUAUUUAUUCAUUUUCAUUCAUUUGAAUUAUUUAAUCGCUUUCAUUGAAAAAUAAUUUCUUUUUUUGAGUUUUUAACCUUCAAGACGCUAAAUAUGAAUUACAAAAUCGAAUAAACCUUGUUCAAACUGAAUUAAUUUGCGAUUAAAAAAACUUUCUUUAUAUUAAAUUAAA